AUGGGCCGGAAAAUAUCACAUGAAGACAACCAGGAGAACAAGGUCGAAACUCUUGUUAUCUGUGAAGUCUUCAGCCAAGAUGUGGUCUAUGUAUCCCAAAGACUGAAAGACUACCUUGGGUUCAUAGAUCCCCAGAGCAAAUUCCAGCCAGCCACAAACACUCUGAACGAGAUCUUUCUGGUCAACUUUAUCAGCUUCUGUGUGGAAAAGGGAGUGGAGGAACAUAUCACAACCAGCAAAAUGACCAAGCAGCAAUCCUCAUUGUUUGGUGUGGACUGGAUCUGGACUCUGUUGGGAGUUGACAAGCAAAUCAAACUUCAGAUCGCUGUGCAGGCUCUGCAGCUGACUGAGCUUUUCCAUAGCGAAAGCAGCCCCACCGAGGUGCUGGAUGACUGCUGCCAGGAAGCCACGCUGGCAGACGAGCAUUUCCAAAACAGGAGCAGGUUCGAGAAGCUGGCAGAGUUCUGCUGCCUGGUGGGACGGGACUGCCUGGGCUUGUUCAUCGUGUUUGGUGUGCCAGGGAAGCCCAAGGACAUCCGCAGAGUCAUGCUAGACAGCAUUGCCAAGGAGAAGCAAAAAUGCCGCCUGUUGGGCAGGAAUGCUCUAAGGCAAUUUGUCAUGAGUACUGACAGCUUCCUGUCCACAAAAGAGAUGUUGGAAAACUGCCUCAGCGCAAGAAACAGACUGAAGGAGGUGGGCGAUGUGUACAUAAACUUUCUGUAAACCUUGUGUUAACAGUAGCAGCUCUGCAUGCCUGAAGCAAAGGCUGUGUGGGCUGAGCUUGCCUCAUUUCCCAUCUUGCACACCAUUCCUCCACCCCCUUAUUUCUCACUUUCCCCCUCCACCCAGCACAUUCCUGUAGAUCCUGCAGUAGCCAAAGCUGAUUCAGUCUCUCCAGGUUUUAAAACAACAGGAUGUACCUGCCAGAAAAUGUGUUUAUAGAAGGCUCGUAAUUUUGCCAGAACAUUCCGUUCGCCAACUGUCAAGUAUUGGCUGAGGCCGAUGAAAGCUUUAUUGCCUGGAGCCUUGGGAGGUCUUAUUAGACUUGAAUCAGCCUUUGUGCGCUGUGUCUAUAGAAAAGGCAGACUCUUUUUUAAACAGGAGGAUGAGUCUGUAAUAAGGAAAAUGUGUUGUUACUUGUCGUAAAAGUUGCAGUGAGUGUGGAGGACAACACAAGGACUCCAAAACACUGUUUUGGAGGAGUGGAGCUGGUUCUCAGUUAGGAGGAGGAGGAGGAGGAAAAGCCCUUCCCUGGGAUAGAAAUAGGCUAUAUGAAGAAGCUAUUAAUCACCUGCCUGUUGGAAGUAAAUCAGUGCCAGGCUAUGGAUUCAGGGACGGGAGAGCCUCAAUGCUGUGAGCCACUGUGAAAUGCGUGGGCAGGGUUGGUCCCAGCUGCAAAUUCUGUUCUUGCUGAGCAGCUGUGUCAGGUCAAGGUGUGGCAAAAGGCAGUAGCAAUUGUUAAAGAAAACGUGGGAAAAUUAACAAAUGGGGACAAAGAUCCAGCACUGGGGAUGCUGAUGGGAGUCUUCGUCUUUCAAAGCUGCAGAGGUGAGCUCCUGACCACUCAUGGCAGCAAGCAGCAGUCUGAAAGGGGCAGAAGUAUUUUUGCUUUGUCUUUGUUUUCAGUAUCUUAGCAGCUAAUUGUAUUUAUGUACUGAUUUAUUCCAUUUUCCUCAGGUUUUACUUGACAGCACUUUGGGUUGCACAGUUGUAGUUACUUUCUUUCAGCUACUGUUAACCAGUGAAAGGAAGAAAUCAUCCAGUUUCAAACUCGGAAACCCACUGUGUUUGUAGGCCACUGUGGCACUGUAGUGAC